AUGCCCAAACGCAAGCUCGACGAAGUCAGCGGCCCCGCGCCCGCGCCGCGCCCGUCUAGCGACACCCGCAAAAUGUCCAUUCAUGGCACCCGAUUGACGCAAAUGUUCGAGAACGGCGUGUUGAUGAUAAUGCGAGGUCUGAAGACAUCGCGCGGCUUUGAACGACAAAAGCUCAGUCGGCGAGAGAAGACAGCCAAGGCGCAGAAGGAUGAUAAGGCAUUGGAGCGACUAAAGGAAGAAAUCGAGACUUUGAAGGGCCUCGAUUACCAUGCCACAUCCGAACGAUACCUGUUCAAGCAGCUUGUCAGGACGAAGCGGAUUGCAGAAACGCGGACGUUCGGGGAGUUCCAGGCAGUCAAAAAGGUCUCUCAGGAAGGACCGAAGAGUACAGCGGAAGCGAAUAUCCUAGCGCGACUGUUCAAAUCCACUCCCGUGCAGAAAGAAAUACCCGGCAUUAUGGCGGGUAUUCGGAAACUAUUGAGAAUCGACGAGUUGCCAACUAGCAAGGCGACAAAAGAGGAUAGCAAGAAGGAUGCAUCGGCAAAGAAGGCAAAGGAAAACAACGGAUCCGAGUCUGAAUCGGAGACAGCGACGUCAAAACCCAGGCGCGGCGAGCAGGUCUCCCGCUCUGCGAACGACAUGGAUAUCUCCGGCUCAGAUGAAUCCGGAGAUGAAGAUCUCUCACAAUUCAAUUCGCGACUUGGACCGGGCUCAGACUCAGAAGCUGACUCGGAUUCCGGAGACGAGGACGACCGCGUCGCAGGCGAUAUCUCCGAUUCUAUCUCCCGUUCCCCGUCACCAUCCUUCUCGACGGAGAACUCCCCGCCACCCAAGAAAGUAAAGGCAGCCAAGGGCGCUGCUGCCGCAGUUAAAAGCACAACAUUCCUGCCGACUUUAAUGAGUGGUUACUGGUCUGGCUCAGAAGAAGCUACUGAUGACGAAGAUUCCGGUGCUAAGCCUGUCCGUAAGAACCGUAUGGGUCAGCAGGCGCGUCGGGCUUUGUGGGAGAAGAAGUACGGAGCCACUGCAAACCACGUCAAGCAGGAGCAGAUGGCUGCGAAGUAUGGUGGUAGAGAUAAUGGAUGGGAUACGAAGCGCGGUGCAACUGACGGAACGAGAGGAGGCAGAGGAGGGAGAGGGGGCAGACGUGGUGGUUUCGGCGGUGGUGUUGGACGGCCUCAGAAUAGAGAUGGCCCUGCUGGUGCUCCCUCUGGGCAACGUCCCGGUGGCAAGCCUAAAGGUCCGCCAAAGGAUGAGGGUCCAUUGCAUCCCUCGUGGGAGGCGAAGCGGAAGGCCAAGGAGCAGACCACGGCUGCUUUCGCUGGAAAGAAGGUUACGUUCGAUUAG